AACAUGAAACUUCGCAUAGUCAUAUCAUAUCUCACUCUUUUCUUCCUCCACCUUCAACACACCGACCUUGCAGACCGAAACGCCGGCAAUGAAGCUGUCGGAAAAUGAAGCCGACGUCGUCGAGGCUUCUAACCUCCAGCUUCUUCAAUCUCUACUCGACUCAAUCCCUCACACGGUGUCCUUCAAAGGAAAAUGGUCUCUCAUCGGAACGAAGCUUUCCGAUCUCAAAUCCAAACUUUCCGACCUCUCCGACUUCCCCUCCAACCCCCUCUCCGUCGAUAUCCUCCGCUCCCUCUCCCAAACACUCACUCAAGCCCUUUCGUUGUCACUCAUUUGUCACAGCGCCAAUCCUCCUGGCGGGAAGCUGAAGACACAAAACGAAGUUGAUUCGAUCUCCGCGAAAGUCGAUAGCCACAUCAAGGAUUGCGAGGUGUUGAUAACAAGCGGUGUUCUCCACGACGGCGUUGUUUCCACCAGCUCAGCGUCAGUUUCAAAGAGGGAAUCGAUACGAGUCGAGUCGAGGAAUUUGAUAACUCGGUUGCAGAUCGGGUCGACUGAGUCGAGAAACUCGGCUCUCGACUCACUCCUUGGGUUACUUCAAGAAGAUGAUAAAAACGUGUUGAUCGCUGUUGCUCAGGGAGUGGUUCCCGUGCUCGUACGUCUAUUGGAUUCCAGCUCCACAUCGGAAAUCAAGGAAAAAACGGUAACCGCCAUUGCUAGGGUUUCAACAGUUGAUUCGAGUAAACACGUAUUAAUCGCCGAAGGACUUUUGUUGCUCCAUCAUCUUCUACGAGUUCUCGAAUCAGGUAGCGGAUUCGCCAAAGAAAAAGCUUGUAUCGCGCUUAAUGCUUUAUCCACUACCAAAGAAAAUGCAAGGGCAAUUGGGUCACGAGGUGGGAUUUCAUCGUUACUCGAGAUUUGCCUGGCUGGAACUCCAAGCUCACAAGCCAUCGCCGCCGGAGUACUCCGGAACUUAGCUAAUUUCGCUGAUACCAGAGAGAAUUUCUUCGAAGAAGACGCAACUCCUGUACUUCUAACACUUGCUAGCUCCGGAACUGUUCUAGCUCGAGAAUAUUCAAUUUCGUGUUUGAGUAAUCUGGUUAGGGACGAUGACAAUCUGAAACUAGUAAUUGUUCGAAAAGGCGCCAUGGAUAGUUUACGAACUUUCUGGGAUUCCGCCCCUUCUGUUCGGAGCUUAGAGGUGGCAGUCGAAUUCUUAAAAAACCUAGCCUCCGACGAACGCUUGGUGGACUACAUUAUUUCAGACGAUUUUCUACCGAGAAUCAUCGACGUAUUAAGCUGUGGUGUAUUAGGUGUACGAAUUCAAUCCGCUAAAGCAAUUUUCCGGCUAGCAUGUAACACCAAAUCCAGAAAAGAAUUAGGCGAACAAGGUUGCAUUCCGCCAUUGAUAGCAAUGUUGGACGGGAAAGCAAUUGAAGAAAAACAAGCAGCUUCAAAGGCAUUAUCAACAAUCUUGAUCUACACAGGAAACCGAAGAAUUUACAAAAAGGAACAAAGAGGAAUCGUUAGUGCAGUUUCACUCUUGGAUCCUUCCAUUCCGAAUCUAGAUAAGAAAUACCCUGUUUCCAUUUUAAUGUCGUUAACCCAUUCGAAGAAAUGCCGCAUACAGAUGGUGAAUUCAGGUGCUUUAUUGCAUUUACAAAAGCUUGUAGACAUGGAAGUCGAAGGUGCACGAAAGUUACAGGAGACUAUAGGUCGUGGGAAGCUAUGGGGUGUUUUCUCAAGGCCUUAAAAGAUUAUAAUCCUUCUCAAAAAUCUGUAUGUAUCAUCUGUUUAUUUUUGUUCAUAAUUUUCUUGUUAGUAUCUUUUAGUUGAGAAGUCAAUUCCAUCUUUCUAGUAUAAAUUAAAUUAAAAUCAUCUGAAAUAUAAUAUGUCUUUAAUUUUGUUUGGUGACCUAACUUGCAUUAAAGAUGUAAUCUUUCCCACUGAACCUCAAUAUUUCAAUAAAUAUCAGUACUUCAAUUGACUUUCUCAUUGA